GACCCAUUUCUGUUCACUGUUGAAAGUCAUACCUUGACCCCUCUACAAUCUCUGCUUAUUCGAGUUCUCUCUCCCAACUUUGUCUUGGAUAGCCGAAAAAAACUGCUUCGGUUGCCAAGAUUCUCGGAGCAAGCACUGUUGCUACUGGCUCAACGGUGACUGAGACGGAGAAGCCUCAAGCCAGACAAACACGAUUCCAACCACCAGGCAGGAAGAAAGCUUCGAAAUUGAAUGUUACCGACAAGCCCAGUUUACAUACACCGGAGAAGAAGCUAAUUAGUGAGCUCGAGCAAAAAUCAAUAUCAUCAAUUACUCCUGAAUCACUCCAUAACACAGCGUCCAGAGAUGGAAGCCCUGGAAUGAACAUAGAUCCCAUCGAUUGCGGGGGCCUGGAAUAUGAAGAUAAGAGCUCGGGAAGAGCGAAUGCGGGAGAAGUAGUAAUCAAGCAAUCGACUGGUGCUACUUCAAUUGAUCCAAACUAUCUCGACGACCUUAUCACCUCCGUCCUCACAAAAUUCAAUGAAACAUCAGUCGACGAACUGUACAACUGCUAUUUCUACAGUGGUCAUGGUAUUGAAGACAAGGAUUUGCAGACGUAUCCACUGAACACACCUAAAGUGUCUGAAAACCACCUGUCAAAGCCAUUGAAUGGAACAACUUUCCGCACAAAAUAUAUGCAAUCGUGGAAGAAGAAGACGCGAGCAGUUGAACUGGAGCAUGCAUUAUCCCGCAACACAAGUCCAGUUCACCCGUCUGAUGAGUUCAACACAUUAGUGGAUGCAGUGAUUGACUCUUUGGAAAAUCGGGACAUAAGUGAUCUAUACAGCACCUAUCUUUGUGAAGCGGAUCAAAUGUCUCGUCCUUCAGAUAACGAGACAGAACGUCUCUCUGGAGACACUUUUGACGCACUGGUUAGUGAAGUACUAGAUGACCUAGAAAAAAGGAGUCUCAAAGAAGUAUUUCAGACCUACAUUUUGGAUGGUGAGCGAAUAUAUCCGUCGACCCAGGAAGGGGAGGAGGGAGAAGGAGAAAAUUCCACAGCUGGGAAGAACAAACCAAAGUACGUCAAACGACAGCAAUGUAGUGAAACAGAAGAACUCUUUCACUACAACUCAGCCGUGUCUAGUUCCACCGGAUCGGGUCAAAACUGUUUCGAAGAGGCCACUUUGAUUCCAGUUCUGGCGGAAGAAACCAAGGAGUGCCGAAACUCCUGUGGAAGUGUUGUGCAACAUAAAGAUCCUCAUAAUAUUCCCAAUGCGAAUUCAGGCGAUAAUGAUGAUGGUUGUCAACCCCACGGUACCGGUACGUGGGUUGAGUGUGUCCGAUGCAACAAAUGGCGUUUUCUGGAUCAAGUUCUAGAUCCCAGUAUGCUGGAUGAGGCUUGGCAUUGUGGCUUGCAGCCAAAGUAUUUAGACGGAAAGCAGGAAGUAGAAGAUCCGUGUGGAGAACUUCAGGUGGAGUUGGAAGAUGUUAGAGAAGGGAAAUAUGUGUUUACCAAAUUUACCGCAGGAUCUCUGGUCUGGGCGAAACUGGAUGGUUACCCAGAAUGGCCAGCUAUGGUUGACUGCGAUUCAAGUGGACAGUAUGCUGAAUACGACGAAGCAACCGGAGAGGUGUUUCGUUACUAUAUCGUCUUUAUUGAUCCAAAGGGCACAACACGGCAGAAGGUCCGCGAGUCGCGUUUGAGAAAAUUCAACCUGAGCGCAGAAUCUCAACCGCGCACCGUGUCUAAUCGAUAUAGGACCCGGCUAGAAAAAGCAGUGAGAGAAGCAGAAAGAGCAAUGAAAAUGUCAUUAGAGGAUCGUAUUUUCACUUAUGGUUAUCCGUAUCCAGAAGAAGAAGAUAUGUCAAAAAGCUCCAAAAAAACACGUAAGCGUGCGCCAACAAAGGAGGAACUUGAAUCAUGCGCGAUUAGCAUGACUUCUGCUGUCGAGGUCACAAUGGGGAAUCAAAAUUAUGGGCAACUUGGACAGAAAAUGGAAUCAUGUGAAGAUAACAACACCACCGCCAGCGAAAUCUCGACGGAUAAACAAGCAACGGCUUACUUGUAUCAGAAAAAUGUAAAAGGUGACUUUCCUUUUGACAGUGUGGUCGAAAAGAAUGUCUCAGUUUGUGACAAACCCAUCACGGAGAUUAAAGACCAAGUGGCCACGAAAAAGACGCGCGAUGCUAGAAGACCGUUAAAAUUUUGUCCUCCAAGACGUAUUGGGCAGUCCAACUCAAGUAGAUCCAACAGUCAGUCUGACACAAUCACGAGUGAUUUGCAGUCACCGACAAAGAAGAUUUUUCUCACUUUAGAGAGAAUUACAAUUUCUUGUGCAGCGGCCAAAACAUUAUCAUCCAAAGCAUUUGAAAACACAGCACCAACCGACUGCAGCGAAUACAGUACUGAAAGUGGUUGCUCCCCAAGAAAUUCUAUAAUAAGUACGGCUAUUUUGGGUGCGAUGCCCGCUGAAAAAGACAAAGAAGAAGACAAUGAGCGCCUUUCAGAUCGUUCUCAAGAAGAAAAAAGAGUGUUGGAUUCGGAAGGUCUGGAUGGAAUAGUGAGGAAGAACGCUGACCCAAAGAGGGAGCAAUUGAGACAGCAGAUCAUGAAGAACACAGAAGAAAAUAUAGAACUGAGCCGAUCGAUGUCAUUCUUGAGUAAGUGA